AUGUUGAAUAAGGCGAAAAGUACGAUUUGCGAGAAAAGUGAGUUUACGCAACGUUAGGCUAGAGAGUUUAGCAGAAAAUUAAGUUUCUCGCGAGAAUUUUUCGUCGAAACUGUUUCGCAAGUUUCCAAGCGACAUUUUCGCACGCGUUUUCUGUUGUUUCAAGUGCCGCGAUGCAGCAAGGACUGUUGUUGCGACUACACGAAACGGAGGCUGCCGAUUCUUUCGUGGGCAAGAGGCUACAAAUUCUCGUGGCUGGCUCGAGAUGCACUGGCCGGCUUCACCGUUGGCCUAACAGCCGUCCCACAAGGCAUCGCUUACGGCAUCGUUGCUGAAUUAAGUCCUGAGUAUGGAUUAUACGCGUCUUUCAUGGCCUCGUUCGUAUAUAUUAUUUUCGGCUCUUGCAAAAGUAUUACCAUCGGCCCAACCGCUAUUAUGGCAACGAUGGUGCGACCUUUAGUGCUGGGAUACGGUGCCGACAUGGCGAUUUUGCUUACGUUUUUAAAGGGUUGCAUUAUCGCGUUGCUCGGACUUUUUCAUUUGGGUUUCUUGUUGGAUUUUAUUUCCUUGCCCGUCAUCACCGGUUUCACCGCGGCUGCGUCCAUUAACAUAGCCAGUUCACAGUUCAAACCGUUGUUAGGAAUUGCUGGUAGAAGCGAAGAUCUGGUAGACUCUUUGAUCUCGAUAUUUUCGAAUCUGAACAGCAUCCGGUAUCAAGACACGCUGCUAGGCAUUGCAACGGUAGUGGCUCUGGUGUUGUUUAAGAAUUUACCUGGACGUCGAACUGGUACCUGGCCACAGAGAAUCGCUUGGGCCAGUACUUUAGCGCGUAACGCAUUGGUGGUCAUUGUAGGAACUCUGAUCGCGUAUAUCUUUUUUAUCAACGAUAAAGAGCCUUUCAAGCUAACCGGAACGAUGGGUAAUGGACUGCCACCGUUCGGUCCGCCGUCUUUCUCCAUAACAGCCAACAAUCGAACGUACAAUUUCCUUGAAACAACCGCUGCUAUGGGAACGACGCUUUUCUCCGUACCGAUCGUUUCUACGAUCGAGCACAUGGCGAUAGCAAAGGCUUUUGCAAAGGGGAAAUCUUUGGACGGCACGCAAGAAAUGCUCGCUUUAGGAUUGUGCAACAUAUUUGGUUCGUUUGUUCGAUCAAUGCCAGUCACUGGCUCUUUUACGCGAACCGCUGUCAAUUAUUCUUCCGGGGUGGAAACUACUUUCGGUGGUUUAUUUACA